CUCGGUGAUUUCUGCUGGAUAACGCAAAGACCUAGGAUCGCGUUGACUGUCACGAUGUCCAGCUCCGCGAGCAGCCCUAGCAUCAUCAGUCAGAUCGAGGUCUUCCGGCUUCCUCCUCGCUGGUUGUUCGUCCGCGUCGAAACCGCAGAUGACCUUGUAGGAUGGGGCGAGGCUACCCUUGAAGCCCACACCGAAGCUGUCGAAGGCGCAUUCCUGGACCUGAAGGAGACCUUUACGGGAAAAGACGCUGACCAGAUCCAAGACAUCUGGCAACAUGCAUAUCGCGCCAGAUUCUACCGCGGCGGACCGGUGCUCAUGUCCGCGCUUUCCGGCUUGGAUAUUGCGCUUUGGGAUAUCAAAGGGAAGAAGUUAGGUGUCCCUGUCUAUCAGCUCCUAGGCGGCAAAGUACGGGACCGAAUCAGAGUGUAUGGGUGGAUAGGAGGGGACAAACCCAGUGAUGUUAUUGACGGUGCCGCAGCGAGGAAGGCACAAGGAUUCACGGCGGUCAAGAUGAACGCGACGGAUUCUAUCGGGUGGCUCGAUUCGCCCACGGCGCUCGCGGACACCGUAUCACGAGUGAAAGACGUACGAGCGCUCGGGAUGGACGUUGGCGUGGACUUCCAUGGGAGACUGCAUAAAGCUAUGGCGAAGCAGCUGGCGAAGCUCCUGGAGCCGCAUCAGCCGCUCUUCAUCGAGGAGCCGUUGCUCCCAACUCAGGCGGAAGAGAUCGCCGACCUCUCCAACGCCGUGUCGACGCCCAUCGCCCUGGGCGAGCGCCUCUACACCCGGAGUGACUUCCGGCCGUACCUCGAAAGGAGGGCUAUCGACAUCGCGCAGCCUGAUGUGUCUCACUGCGGCGGGAUCAGCGAGUUGCACCGGAUAGCUUCGCUAACAGAGAUGUACGACGUCGGCCUGGCACCGCACUGUCCGAUGGGGCCUAUUGCUCUAGCGGCGUGCAUGCAGGUUGGGCUGGCCUCGCCCAAUUAUGUCAUCCAAGAAAUGAGCUGGCAGAUCCACUACAACAAAGGCGCGGACCUGUACACCUACCUGAUAGACCCGAGUGUGUUCCAGUUGCAGAACGGCUAUGUCGAAGCCCUGAAAGGUCCCGGCUUGGGAAUCCAAAUUAACGAGGAGCUCGUGCGGCAGACCGCGGCGAAGCAUAUCCUUGAGAAACCGUGGCGAGGGACGGUGUGGAGGGGGGAGGACGGCUGUCUGAGAGAAUGGUGAUGAAUAUGUCCUUCUGUCUUGUCAGUAAAUGCAGGUUUCUGUCUGUGAAUUGAUAAAUCUCGAC